AUGGACACCAGAACGAACCGAACACACUCACCCAGCGCACGCUUCUAUGCCAACCGCCAGUCUGAAGGUCCCGAAGUAUUCGACGUGCUCCCCCACCUUGCCCCUGCGGAACAGCCACUUCCUCGACUUGUUCCUCCAUUCAGCCAUUUCCAAGGCUUCUCAGCGCCGGCGUCAUCUCGUCGGUACAUCAACAACUGCGCGGCAUGUCUAUCAGAUGAAAGGGUCUCUCCUCGAACUGCGAUCCCCUUCCAUGAUCAUCGAGAAUGGGAGCCACCGAGACAGCAUAUGGAAAAUUUAUCAGACGAAAAUGAUCACAUGCCCUCGACGGGCUACGGCUCACUCCAACACUAUGUCGGCAGCCAUGUGCAUACUCACGAGCAUAGUCACGGCUUGUCUAGCCCAGAACGAGCCCGACAGCUCUCCGAGCCUCCGACCUACAUCACACCGCCUCCGCAAUAUUUUUUAAGCCCCGAGAAUGCUCCUGCUUUUGCAGAAAGGCCCGUCUCCCUGAUGCUUACUCCACGGGAAACCACGGUCGGGCCUGUCCAAAUCCUUGUCCAACACCAUGGCCUUGGACGCAACACUAUUCGAGUCCCAUCAAACAGCGACGUGAGCGACGCCGGCCAGCAACCCCGAGAACUUACUACUGUGCGGCCCCUCCUCGCGGCCAACGAAGAAGGCGAGCCCGCCUCCAUUUCAGGCGAUGACGAGGAUGCCAGCUCCACCGUCUACCCCUACGACAGCACCUCCAUGGCAUCAUCUUCCACGGCCUUCCAUGCGGACCACGGCGGCCCGGCAAGGCCCCUGGAGGAGGCCGUCGUUGAGGUCCACAACACCUGCCUCGCCGCCACGCAUCGAUACCUCGAGUCGCUACGCGUAAAUUGGGAGCUCCGCCAUGGGCGCGAAAUCCUGACAACAUCAUCGGGGCUAGCAGGACCGACCAGGCGUAUACGCGACCGCGCCGGCGCCCGGGGCUCGCCUUACUCGCUCCAACGACGACAGACCAGGCGGGCACUUAGCGACAACAGCGGCCUGGAGUACAUGCGCGGCCUGCGGGAAGACGAGGACGCGAGCGAGGACGGUGGUACCCAGGGCCGACGGCAGCAGCCGCAGGCCUGCCCCAUCCCGGCGCCCACGGACUCGCUGCUCCAGAACACGUCGCGCAUCUGCGAGCUCAUCUGGCGCCGGGCGCGCCGCGACCGCGAGGACGUGCUGGGGGCCGAGGCCGGCGGGGCGCGCCGCAUUGCCCUGCUGGUCGAGUGCGCCGAGGCCGUGGUUCUCUACGACGCCGCCGAGUGGGAUGGGGACCCGGAGAGGGCGUUCUAUGCGGCGUGCCGCGCGGGGCGGGACCUUUGUCAGGAGCUAGGGGACUUCCGCGGGAUUGGGAGGGUUGAUGGUAUUAUCGAGAGGGGGGAGGUUUAG